AUGUCAGAGGUACAAUUUGAACCUAUUACUACACAACUUUCGGAACUUCCAGAGACAGAUUUAAGCACGAACCAACAAUUUUUAUAUCAAAGUUCAGCUAUUAGUAUUGGAAUUAUUCCGGAUAACUUGGCAAAUAAAAAUCCGGGUAAACUGAGCCAUGCUUGUUGGCUCACCACAGCUAAUAGGCUUCUACGAUUAUAUGUAGCAACUGACAAUCUCUCUGAUAAUCUUAAAUAUAUCACCACGACUAUUUUAAGGAUUUACGCCCCAAUGUGCUUUCAAAUUAAGACCAAACCAAAGCUACAUUAUGGGAUAAUUAACUUUUGGCACACAAUUAAAGCAUCUAGAGAGUUUCCAAAUAAUAUAUCAAAAAGGUUUUUGGAAUAG